AUGGAGAAACAAGUUGAAAAGAACUUUACAUGGGUGAUAAAGAAUCCCUCCUCUGUUUCAUUUACCAGUUCUGAUCCAUUCACGAUUGCUGGAUGUAAAUGGCAACUUAUUGCUUUAUCCAAGGGGAAUAACCUAGAGUUCUUCUAUAUGUAUCGAGGUGUUGCCGAUUGUCAAUCGUUGCCUUGUAGAUGGAGAAGACAUGUCAAACUUCGCUUAAACAUCGUUAAUCGUCUAUCUGAAAAGCUCUCUAUAGUAACAGAUUCAGAGCUUUACUUUGAUGAGAAGUCUCCUAUGCGUCGUUAUCCAACCGUACUCCCUCCUUCUAAUCUUCUUGCGAAAGAUGGCGGAUUUUUGGUGAAUGGAGAAGUGAAGAUUGUUGUUGAGGUAGUUGCUCAUGAAGUUAUUGGCACAUUAGGUGAAUUAGAGGAUUCUAAACUUUUAAGCAGAAUAGAGGAAAGUCAUGGUGCUAAGUCUAAUGAUUUACUCAACAAGACUCGACAGAUGAGUAAAAGUGUUGAUGUCAAUGGGUUUCAAGUUCUUCCUUCACAGGUAGAAUCUGUGAAGCGUAUAUUUGAAAAAUACCCAGACUUUGCAUCAACAUUCCGUUCUAAGAAUCAGCAUCUCAAGUCAACAUACAUGAAUGUUCUCCUCGGACUUAUCGAGACGUUGUGCCAGUCGCCUCAAGAGCUCUCUGAUGAUGAUCUGGAAGAAGCAUCUGUUGCAGUUUCAUUCGUGGCAAAGGGAGGUUUUAAAUUGGAUUGGUUGGAGAAGAUGCUCACAGAAGUAAAGGCAAAGAAGAAGAAAGUGGACUCUAGUAAGGCCCGGAUGCGACAAAUGGAAGAAGACUUGCAGAAAUAUAAUCAGAAAUGCUUAGAAUUGAAAGCUCUACUAGAGAAGGAGAAAGAAUUUAUUUCAGCCGCCAGUGUUCCUCUCUUGUUCGAUGAUGCUGUUUGA